CCCUCUCCCCGCUCCCGAAUGGUCUCGCCCGAGCGCCAGUUCUCCUCCUUCCCCCCGCCCCGCGCAGGGGUUGCUGGGCUGGGAGGCCGAUGGGGGUUGAGAAUGGGGCUGUGAUGCUGCCCUGUGGGUGAGGUGAGCGUGCUUCGCUCCCUCCCUCCGCCUCUUGUGCACUGCGGAGCACCGCGUGGAGGCGGUGGAUGGCCGUGUGGGCUCGGCUCGCCGCCCGCUGCGGCUGGCUGAGGGCCGCCGGCUUGCUGGGCCAGAGGAGCCGCGGCGGCGCCGCGCGGGCGUGCUGUGGGGCGGCCCCGCUGCCUGCGCUGCUCUCUGGGCGCAGGCUUCCUCCGUGGAGGCUGCAUGUAUCUGUAGGAGACUAUGCCCGGCCCUCCCGUGCCAAGGGCGAGGCCUGUGCUCCCAGAAGCAGCCUGCCUGUAGCAGUAAAGCAGGAGCAGGCGGCACCAGAGACGGUCUCUGACCUGAGCGCAGCCAAACUGUAUGAAGACUGGGAUGAUGUUCCACCUUCAUCUGCUUUGGAGGAGAUUUCCGAGGAAGAAGCUGUGAAGAUCAUUGCAGAUCCACUUCUUCCUCCUCAGUCUUCCACACUUCGAGAUUAUGUUGAUCACUCAGAAACCCUGACCAACCUUGUCCACCUAGGAGUUGAUUUAUCUCAAGUGGAGAAACGUCAAAAGGCAGGUCAACUCUUACUGACCUUGGACUUUGAAAAAGAUAUAACUAAGAUACUUCUGUUUCUGAAGGAUGUGGGUAUAGAAGACAGUCAGCUGGGACCGUUCCUAACCAAAAAUCCAUACAUCCUUGGUGAAGAUCUGGAAGCUCUAGAAACCAGAGUGGCUUACCUAAAAUCAAAAAAAUUCAGUAAUGCAGAAAUUACUCAGAUGGUCUCAAGAGCUCCAUAUUUGCUGUUGUUUUCAGUGGAAAGAUUGGAUAACAGACUGGGUUUCUUAAAAAAUGAACUUGGCCUCAGCGUAAAAAAGACAAAGGAUCUGGUAAUUCGUUUUCCUAGGCUGCUGACUGGCAAAUUAGAGCCCGUAAAAGAGAAUCUUCAGGUUUGUCAAGUUGAAUUUGGUUUUCAACGUAACGAAGUUCAGCAGAUUGCGUUUAAAACUCCCAAGAUUUUAACUGCAAGUAAAAAGAGACUCAGGCAGACAUUUGACUACCUGCACAACAUAAUGGGCAUUCCCCACAACAUGCUUACUCGCUUUCCUCAGGUUUUCAACUCAAAGCUAUUACGAAUCAAAGAGAGACAUAUGUUUCUUAUAUUCUUGGGAAGAGCCCAGUAUGACCCAACUCAACCCGGCUACAUCUCUCUGGACCAGCUUGCGUCCUUACCUGAUGAGGUGUUUUGUACAGAGAUUGCCAAAGCCUCCAUGCAGGACUUUGAAAAAUUCUUAAAAACAAUUUAAUUAUUAACACAUGUAGAAAGGAAUAAAGCUAUGAAAUAAACAUUUUUAAAAACUG